GCAACGGGAAAAGCCGCGUCCGCUGCUGCGGUUCACGCGGAACUUGACAAGAGACACAAACAAACAAACAAACGCGCGUCAACAAAUGUCAACAAGCAAUCAGACGGCUUUGAAGCCGCGGCGGCCGCGUUAGCGAUGUGAAUAAGAAGAAAGCGCGGGGUUAGAUGUUGAUAAAUAUUAAUGCGGGUCGAGAUGAUGGAGAGAGCCGUCGCUCAGGGGUCGAGCUCUGACCCCGAGGGGAAGACGAAGAAGAUGACGAAGAAGGCGGCGGCGAUGAGGAGGAGGAGGAGGAAAGGGGCGGCGAGGGACGAGGUGAGGGACGAGGUGAAGGUCGAGGUGAGGGACGAGGUGGUGGUGGUGGAGGCGGUGAAGGUGGCGGAGGGGAUGAAGAUACAGCAGCUGAGGGCGGUGAUGGCUGACGAGGUGAAGGAGGUGAAGGAGAACGCGACGAGGAGGAGGAGGAGAAGGAGAGACGCGGGGAAAUUGCAUAGCAGCAGCGGAAGCAGCGAGCAGGAGCGCGGCCCAGCGCCGGCCGCCGCCACCACGGCGGCGCCGGGCACCGGCGAUGCGAGCCUGCGCUGGGAGGGCGCGCUGCCCGACCCGGCCGCCGAGGAGGAGCGCAUGCGGCUCUACCGGCUGCGGCGGCGCGAGCGCUACCUGACGGCGCGCCGGGACCUGUGCCGCCGCCUCAACCUGCCGCCGGCGCUCGCCGAGCCCGACCGCGACUCGCCGCCCGCUGCCGCGCCACGCGUCGGACGGCCCCUACGUCCUCACCGCGGACGAGUACUCUGGCCUGCUGCUCCUGCGGCGGAGAAGUCGGCGGGGCGAGGCGGUGGGCGCCGCGCCGGUGCCGUGGCACCAUCGCCAGGUGGAGCGGCUCGCCGUGCGCAUCGCAGAGUUGCCGCCCGUCGGCGCGGAGGUCGGCCCCGCCGCCGUGUGAGCGCCUGCUGUGCGAAAAGGCCGGAGGGACCGCAGCGGUUCCUCGUGAGAACCGUUGUUCGGGGGCCUGUUAGCUGGGCACGGGGGCAGUUGUGCACGCCUAUAAGUUGAGAUUUGGAGGUUGUGGUUUAUAAGUUGUGCCGGGAUCUUAUUCGUAAAAGACCCACCUGCUGGGCGGGGGGUUGUGUAGCAAGUAGGUGGCUUAGCUGUCUGUGGAUUUCUUUUUUAUUUUCCGCCCGUAUGAGUGGGUUUUCUCUCACUCGCAAAAUUACUGAAAUGGGAUUUGCCCAAAUCAUCCGUAGCGAGAACCUCCUCAAGAGAACCGAACCUCAUUGAGGAUUUAACGGGCAAGUGCAUUUAACUGAUCGUAGUUUUGGCCACAGCCCCAUUGCUAUUUUAACGCUGACCCCGUUUAGCAGCCUGCUUUCCAAGCAAGGCGGAUUGUUUUCCCUCAUGGAUGUGAAGAUGUGUACCACCUCGUCAGUUGGAUCUGCAAUGGACUGAUUCGUAUGAUGUUCCAAAAAGUCGUUUCCCCAUUCUCCUUUGGAAUGUUGCACCGAACGCUCCGGCUGUGCAAAGUGCACCGAAUAUUGUCGAUGCAUUGUUUACGGCGCAAGGUCCCAAACUCCGAUCCUCACAACCCACUCAAGUCUUCCCAGUCUUCUCCAUUCAAGUAUAAAUUAGGUUGUUGCACACUGCACACACCAAGAUGAUUUCUAAGCACAUCAACAAAUGUUACAUUCCACUGGCACAAAUCUAAGUCAUUUCAUCAUUAGACCUCCUUUGCCAGUACCCAAAUAUAAUAAUAGGGGUUUCCCCCUUGUUUCUAGCAACAAAACUGAAACCUUUUUACAAGGAUUUA